AUGUCUGGUUCACAAAUCCAACAGUUUUACGAAAACAAAGUGUUGCUAAUAACCGGAGCAACCGGUUUUAUUGGCAAAGUUUUGCUGGAGAAGUGUCUUAGAAGUUUAAAUUUUAAUAGGAUUUACCUGUUGGUUCGUGCCAAACAUGAUAAAACUGAGAAGGAACGGUUUACGGAGUUGUUCUCAUCACCAAUCUUCGACACGUUGAAAGCAUCAGAUCCCACCUUCGCAACCAAGAUCAAUCUGAUAAAGGGGAAUCUGGAGCUGCCGAACCUUGGUCUGGCCGAAGCCGACAUGGAUAUCCUGAUGAAGGAAGUGAACUGCGUCUUCCAUUGUGCUGCAACCGUAAAUUUCAUUGAACAACUUUCACUUGCCGUCAAAAUUAACGUCGGAGCCACCAGAGACAUUCUAAAUUUGUGCAAGAAGAUGAGCAACCUCCAGUCGUUCGUCCAUGUUUCCACUGCUUACUCCAACCCCAACAGACAAAUUGUGGAGGAAACCGUUUAUGAACCAAAAAUUCUACCAGAGAAACUGUUGUUGCUUGUGGAUAACUUCGACAAAGACAUAGUUGAUGACGUUGUUAAGAAGAGGUUGCUAACAGGUGGUUUUACUAACACGUACGUGUUGACCAAAAACGCCACAGAAUAUAUGAUACAAAAAGAAGGGUUGGAUCUGCCCAUUAGUAUUUUAAGGCCUUCAAUUGUUGUAGUCACUGAAAAACAACCUGUGCCUGGCUUUGUGGACAGAGCAAUAGGUAUUACAGGUUUGAUUUUGGCUAUAGGCUUAGGUUUUAUCAGGACAAUCAUUUGGGGACCUGACAACGUGUUAGAUGUUAUUCCUGUAGACCAUGUUGUCAAUGAAAUAAUCACUGUGGGGUGGUACAAUCAUACAAAAAGUUUUUUCAGCAAAGAACAAAAACAAGAAGUACCAGUGUUCAACUGCGUAAGUUCCAGCAUUAAACCAAUUACUCUUGGUGAAAUAAACGAUAAAUUAUUUAAAUACACAUACAAAGUCGGUACUAACAGUGGAUGGUCGUACCCAUUUAUAAUCUCCACCCAAAACGAAACCCUCUACAAAAUUUACUCCUUCUUUCUACACACCUUACCUUAUUACUUCUUAGACUUUUGUGCCUAUUGCCUUGGGAAGAAGCCAGUCUUGGUGAAAUUUUAUCACAAAUACGAACGACUGAGCCAAGUUCUGACGUUCUUCAUGAUGAACGAGUGGUACUUCAAAUCGGACAACACGAGGAGAUUGUUUCAAAGCUUAAGUCCUGAAGACAAGGAGUUGUUUUAUUUCGACAUGGAACAAGUGGACUACAAUGAAUUGUUACUCAACAUUAUAAAGGGCAUCAAAAAGUACAUUCUAAAGGAUAACACUCCAGAUGAUGACAUCAGCAUGUUGUACAAAAAGAAGUUCUUCCACUAUUUCAUAUGUUUUGCUUUAUUUAUGUGUUUUACUUACUUUUUAUUGAAGUUGACUUACUUAUAACUUUAACCGAGUAGUAACAAUAUUAAACAACACAAAAUAG